AUGCCAACGUGGAGCUUGUCAAAUGUCAAAAUCAUGACCUAACCUCAAAAUUUCCGAUGUCUCAAAAACAUAAAUAAAAACAAAUUUUCUUUAAAAAAAUGUGGUUUUUAACCCUUAUUUGCUAUUUUUCUAUGCUAGUCCAAGUUGUUUUUAUCACAAUUUCUAUAGCUGCAGGUCUCUAUUACUUGGCAGAAAUAGUUGAGGAAUACUCUUAUGCUGCUAAAAAAGCGAUUUGGUGGAUGAAUUUUACAAUAACAACUCUAUUUAUUUUCCUGUGGUUGUUCGAGAACUUCCCUCCAUCGAUGAUCAUCUGUGGCAUCCUUGCACAAAUAUGCCAUUUUGCUAUACUAAAUAAUUUUCCUUAUGUGGCAUUUAGUUCCCCUUUUUUCAUAUUUGGGGUGGUGUUUGUCAUCGUCAAUCACUACUUAGCUUUUAGUUAUUUCGCUUCCACUUACCAUCCAUUUUCUGAGGUUAUAGCAUAUUUCACUUUGUAUUUGUGGCUUGUACCAUUUGCUCUUUUUGUAUCUUUGUCGGCAAAUGAUAAUGUGCUGCCUACAACAGCUGAGAGAUCAGAUCUGGACGCUGUAACAAACUACCUUUCUAAAAGGAACAAAAAGUACGGGCUCCUAACUCUUUUUACUUAUGCAAAAGAGUCAUUGCUGCCAAUGAGAACAAAAAAAGGAUUUUAGACCGUGAAGAUACUCUUGUACAUAAAACCAUAUUUAUUUAUAUAAAUUAGUUAGGAUAGCAACUGUUUAAGACUAAUUUUUUUUUCAAUGCUGUGGUGAAUAAUAUGAUGGUGAUAUUUUGUUGCUGUGGUAUGUGAGGUAAUAAAACUAAUUUUCCCUACUA